UCUAAACCACUCUACACAUUGAGCUAUAUGUUCAUCACAGCAGGAGCUUCAGGCGUUGCUUUCACCAUCAUAUAUUAUGUUGUGGAUGUGAUUUGUUUGAGGAAGCCUGUGGUUAUAUUUCAGUGGAUGGGAAUGAAUGCUCUUAUGAUCUAUGCAUUAGCUGCUUGCGAUCUCUUUCCUGCAGCACUCCAAGGUCUCUAUUGGCGUUCACCUAAAAACAAUCUGGUUGACAGCUCAGAGAGAUUACUGCAAGGAUUGUUUCAUUCAGAGAAGUGGGGUACCCUGGCUUUUGUGAUGCUGGAGAUUCUGUUUUGGGGCAUGGUAGCUGGAUUCUUGCACUUGAAAAGGCUGUAUAUUAAACUGUAAUAAUGAGACUUCUAAUUUCUCCUUGUUGAGGAAUAGCCAUUAAGAAUUACGCGCAGCUAGUGAAACAAGCAGAAGAUUCAGAAGGUGCUUAAUUAAAUAUUCUGUUUGGAUGCAAUGAUUAGAUGCACAGGUCGCCUUUUC